AUGCCCCCCUUCCAUGUCAGCUCGCUCUCUAUUGUUUUGUUUUUUCCAGGAAAGCUCACACCGUCCUUGUACGAGGCCGGCGGGUGUGACAUGUCGCUGGUCAAUUUUGAACCUGCAACCAGACGAGCCUCUAACAACGUGUGGGACACCGACUCCCACCUCUCCAGUUCUACCUCAGUUCGCUUCUACCCUCAUGACCUGAUCUCCCUCCCUCAGAUCCGUCUGAACCGUCUGCUGACGAUGGACCCGGAGCUGCUGGAGCAGCACGAAGGAGAUCUGAGCCCGGAGCUCCAGGACGCACCGCUGGGACACGAGGACCCCGCCGCCGCCAACGCUGCCGGCAAAGCCCGGCAGUACUACCGCCUGUGGCUCCUCCCCUUCCUGUGGGUGGGCCUGCACUUUGACCGGCUCACGCUGCUGGCUCUGUUUGACAGGAACCGUGAGGUCUUAGAGAACGUGCUCGCUGUGCUGCUGGCCGUCCUGGUGGCCUUCCUGGGUUCAGUGCUGCUCGUUCACGGCUUCUUCACCGACAUCUGGGUCUUUCAGUUCUGCCUCGUCAUCGCCAGCUGCCAGUACUCCUUACUGAAGAGUGUUCAGCCGGACUCCUCCUCCCCUCGCCAUGGUCAUAACCGCAUCAUAGCGUACAGCCGGCCUGUCUACUUCUGUCUGUGCUGCGGUCUCAUCUGGCUGCUGCACUACGGCAGUCUGAGGACCACGUCGUCCCGCUUCACCCUGUAUGGAGUCGCACUCACCAGCUCCCUGGUCCUCGCCUCGGCCCGGGACCUUGUCAUUGUCUUCAUCCUGUGCUUCCCCAUCAUCUUCUUCGUCGGGCUGCUGCCGCAGGUCAACACGUUCGUCAUGUACCUCUUCGAGCAGCUGGACAUCCAUGUGUUCGGGGGCAACGCCUCCACCAGUCUGCUGUCAGCGCUGUACAGCGUCCUGCGCAGCGUGGUCACCGUCGCUCUGCUGUACGGAUUCUGCUACGGAGCUCUGAAGGAGUCGUGGGAGCCGCAUCACAUCCCCGUGUUGUUCUCGGUGUUCUGCGGCCUCUUGGUGGCCGUGUCCUACCACCUGAGCCGGCAGAGCAGCGACCCCUCAGUCCUCAUCUCGCUCAUACAGUCAAAGAUUUUGCCUAAUUUAAAAGACAAGAACCCGGAGGACCCUCUGUCAGAAGUCCAGGACCCUCUGCCCGAUAAGCUCCGAGCCUCGGUGAACGAGCGUCUGCAGUCUGACCUGAUCGUCUGCGUGGUCAUCGCUGUUCUUUACUUCGCCAUCCAUGUCAGCACCGUGUUCAUUGCACUGCAGCCGUUCCUCAGUUACGUCCUGUACGCUCUGUUGGGGACGGUCGGCCUGCUCACACACUACCUGAUGCCUCAAGUCCGCAAGCAGCUGCCCUGGUACUGCUUCUCCCACCCGCUGCUCAAAACCAAGGAGUACUACCAGUUUGAAGUCAGGGAUGCGGCUCACGUCAUGUGGUUCGAGAAGCUCCACGUGUGGCUGCUGUUCGUGGAGAAGAACGUCCUCUAUCCUCUCGUCAUCCUCAACGAGCUGAGCGGCAGCGCCCGAGAGCUCGCCAGUCCAAAGAGACUCGACACCGAGGUUGGCGCUCUGAUGAUCACGGUGGCGGGCCUGAAGCUGCUGCGUUCCUCCUACAGCAGCCCCACCUAUCAGUACGUGACCAUCCUCUUCACCGUCCUCUUCUUCACCUUCGACUACCGCCAUCUGUCUGAGACGCUGCUGCUCGACCUCUUCCUCAUGUCCAUCGUCUUCAGCAAGAUGUGGGAGUUGUUCUACAAGCUGCACUUCGUCUACACCUACAUCGCCCCCUGGCAGAUCACAUGGGGCUCCGCGUUCCACGCCUUCGCUCAGCCCUUCGCUGUGCCUCACUCGGCCAUGUUGUUUGUUCAGGCUGUCGUGUCGGCCAUCUUCUCCACCCCCCUCAACCCGUUCCUGGGCAGCGCCAUCUUCAUCACCUCCUAUGUUCGUCCCGUCAAGUUCUGGGAGAGAGACUACAACACCAAGAGAGUGGAUCACUCCAACACCCGUCUGGCCUCCCAGCUGGACAGAAAUCCAGGCUCUGAUGACAACAACCUGAACUCCAUCUUCUACGAGCACCUGACCCGCUCGCUGCAGCACAGCCUGUGUGGAGACCUCCUGCUGGGCCGCUGGGGGAACUUCAGCACGGGGGACUGCUUCAUCCUGGCCUCGGACUACCUGAACGCUCUGGUGCAUCUCAUCGAGAUCGGGAACGGCCUGGUCACCUUCCAGCUGCGAGGGCUGGAGUUCAGAGGAACGUACUGCCAGCAGAGGGAGGUAGAGGCCAUCACAGAGGGGGUGGAGGAGGACGAGGGCUGCUGUUGCUGCGAGCCGGGUCACCUCCCUCACAUCCUGUCCUUUAACGCCGCCUUCGGGCAGCGCUGGCUGGCGUGGGAGGUGCUGGUCACCAAAUACGUGCUGGAGGGCUACAGCAUCACCGACAACAGCGCCGCCUCCAUGCUGCAGGUGUUCGACCUGCGGCGCAUCCUCACCACCUACUACGUCAAGGGAAUCAUCUACUACGUCAUCGCCUCGCCCAAACUGGAGGAGUGGCUGGCUAACGAGACCAUGAAGGACGGCCUGCGGGGGUGUGGAGAGAGGAACUACGUCGACCUGGAUCCCACCUUCAACCCCAACAUCGACGAAGACUACGACCACCGGCUGGCGGGAAUCUCCAGAGACAGUUUCUGUGGCGUCUACCUGAGCUGGAUCCAGUACUGCAACUCGAGACGAGCCAAGCCUCUGGAGAGCGAGAAGGACUCGUCUCUGGUGCUGCUCUGCUUCGGUCUGUGUGUGCUGGGGAGGAGAGCUCUGGGGACGGCAGCUCAUCACAUGUCCAGUAACCUGGAGUCUUUCCUCUACGGGCUUCACGCCUUGUUUAAGGGAGAUUUCCGCAUCUCUUCGGUGCGAGACGAGUGGAUCUUCGCCGACAUGGAGCUGCUGAGGAAAGUGGUGGUGCCCGGAAUCCGAAUGUCUCUCAAACUCCACCAGGACCACUUCACGUCCCCCGAUGAGUACGAGGAGCCGGCGGUCCUUUUCGAGGCCAUCUCGUCCCACCAGGAGAACCUGGUCAUCGCUCACGAGGGAGACCCGGCCUGGAGGAGCGCCGUGCUGUCCAACGCCCAGUCGCUCCUCGCCCUGCGCCACGUCCUCGACGAGGGAACCAACGAGUACAAAAUCAUCAUGCUCAAUCGACGAUACCUCAGCUUCCGGGUCAUCAAGGUGAAUAAAGAGUGCGUGCGGGGUCUCUGGGCCGGGCAGCAGCAGGAGCUGGUCUUCCUCAGGAACAGAAACCCGGAGCGCGGCAGCAUCCAGAACGCCAAACAGGCUCUGAGAAACAUGAUCAACUCGUCCUGCGACCAGCCCAUCGGCUAUCCCAUCUACGUCUCGCCGCUGACCACCUCCUACUGCAACUCGCACCCGCAGCUCGGACACAUCCUGGGCGGCCCCAUCAGCAUGGGGAACAUCCGCAACUUUGUGGUCAGCACCUGGCACAGGUUACGUAAAGGCUGCGGCGCCGGCUGUAACAGCGGAGGGAACAUCGAGGACCCGGACGUGGUGGGGGGGCUGUCCUGUGGGAGCGGGAACGGGACGGGGGGCGACUCACAGCAGAGCUCAGUGUCGCAGGGAGGGACCUCAGGACACGCCCCCUCCCACCCGUAUCCGCCACACACACUGGGCACCAGUCAGAGCUCGCAGUCGGUCCAGUCGGGUUUGGUGCGUCACUCCCCCGCCCGAGCCUCCGUCGCCAGCCACUCGUCCUCGUACCGUUACAGCAGCAGCCGCCACUCCUCGCUGCGCACCUCCACCACGGGCCUGGAGCCCUGCAGACGAUCCUCCACCAGCCAGCUGUCUCUGCGCACGCUCCCCACCUCGCUGCAGCUCCGGCUGGGCUCCGCCUCCGACCCCGCCGGGCCCUCCGCCUCGCUCUCCAGCCACAGCAUCCCGCCCUGCAAACGCCACACGCUGGUGGGCCUCCUGGGCAACGACGCCAUGUGCAGCACGGUGACCGACCCGCUCAGCCAGCAUCACCACCAUCACCACUACCACCCGCAGCAGCACAACCCCAGCGUCUCCACCGUGCGCAGAGACGACAUCUCCUACAGAGUGCAGAUCGUGGACGUCAGUCAUGUGCUCGAGACCAUCAACCUCUCGAAGCGGAAGGAGCUGCAGUGGCCUGACGAGACGAUGAGACUGCGAGCAGGUCGGACCUGCUGGAGGGAGUGGAGCCCCCUAGAGGGCAUGGAAGGACAUGUGAUUCACCGGUGGGUGCCUUGUAGCCGAGACGCAGCCAAUCGCUCCCAUAUCGACAAAACCAUCCUGCUGGUUCAGGUGGAAGAUAAGCUAGUGCCCAUCAUCGAGACGGGGGUCAUUGAGUUGGGCGCCGAGGUCUGACACAAGCAAGCACACCCACACACACACACGCACAUGAACCGCACACACACACACCUGGAGUCUGCGUGAAGACUCGGCCCGCAGGACGCCGACGCCUGCAGACAAACAGGAAGUGGAGCUCUCCCCCGCCCGCUGAUCCUGAUCGCUGAGGGGGAACAGGAAGCCAGGGAAACGUGCGAGCAGAGGCCGAGCGCCACUCACUGCAGCGGCUCACACACACACACACUAUCUGCCUUUGCUUUGCGUCUCAGAAAUGCUGCAUGACAGUAAACGACCUUAAGUUUUGUUUCUCUCCUGGUGAUUCAUUUAAGUUCUAUGCAUUUCAUCGUCUCUCCGACUCCAACGAGACGGACAAGAUUUUUUUUUUGUGUUCUUUUGAUUGUCUGAAUAAUUUGCCAAAUUCAAAACCCGGCGCCGAAUAUCUGCCGGGGCUUCACACUCGACCUGAAAGCUUUCUGUUGUUGUUGUUGUUAUUUUUGUUGCCAAGACGACAGAGGACGCUGUGCGGCGCUCCGACUCCUCUGUUUCAUGUCGUCAUUCCCUUCGGACAACUGCAAGACGACUGCGCAAAGAAAAUAAAACUUGCACUAUAAUUUUGUAUUUUAUUUACAGCAAUGCACUACUCUCUCUCUCUCUCUCUCUCUCUCUCUCGAUGAUAUCAUGUUUUAUUUAUUACCGCCUCAGAUCGCCAUGGUUACCGAUGCCUUGGGAAUGAAAAAAAAAUGCAAUCGAACUUUGUCUUUUGUUUUCAGCCAUUUUUUAUUUUUCAGCUUUCUGUUUGAUAAACUUGAAGAUAACUUUUUACUGUAUAUGAUUAUAUCUAUAUAUAGUAUAUAAAAAUAUAUAUAUAUUUACACAAAUAAAUAUAUAUAUACUGUGGAUGUAUAAAAGACUUUGUUUUUGGAUAUUUAUUACUGUGAACAUUGUAUUUACACUUUGUUACAUCUUCGCUUGCUUUCGUUUCGGGGCGACGGUUUCGAGUCUCGAGGACCAGCGGGUGAAAACGAGAUGCAGAUUUUUUCGAUGGACUGUUUCACGACUUAACUUAAUUCUUUUUCUAUAUGGAGAAAUAAAAGUUUGAUUUAUUGCUGACAUCUUUAAAA